AUGGCUCCCAUCAAGCGGAAGGGUAAUGGCCCAGAUGAGUCAGGUUCUCGGCAGCCGCAGAAAAGAGUCAAGGUCAUAGCUGGCGUGCAGCGCAAGGAUGUGAACGGCGGGAAGAAUUCGAAGAAACCGGCGGAGAAGUCGAAAGAUUCUUUGGAUUCACCCUCGAAGACACCAGCUGUUUCUGUCUUGCGGGAGGAGGAACCCGCAUUUCCCCGUGGUGGUGCAGAUAUUUUAUCACCACUUGAGCAGAAACAAAUCCAUAUCCAGGCCACUCGUGACGUUCUGUUCGAGCAGAAGGGAGCGCAGGCUCAGGAUGAUAUCGACAAUGAGGACGGGACUCAGAAGAAACAAUCUAGCAAGGAAUUCGGGAUUAAAUCUAGGAAAGGGAAGACCAAAUCCAAGAAGCACACGAUUCCUCAGGCGUCUACCAAGGAGGAGGUUCGCAUUGAAGGGCUUAAUUUCAAGCGCAUUGUUGUAGGAUCUAAGAUCCUUGGCCAAGUCUCUAGCAUCAAUGCUCACGACAUUGGUUUGUCGCUUCCGAACAAUUUAACUGGUUACAUACCACUCACCGCAGUCUCGAAAACACUCCAGCAGAAGAUCGAAAAACUCUUGAACAGCAGCCAAGAAGAGGAUGAUAAUUCCGAUGGUGAUGAUGAUGGAGAUGAUGAUUUGGAUUUGAAAUCCUACUUCAAAUUGGGCCAAUAUUUACGAGCGGCCGUUACAUCAACUGAAACUGAGGUGAAUCAUGGUAAAAUCAAGGGGAAAAAACACAUCGAGCUUUCAGUGGACCCUAGGGAGGCUAAUUCAGGCCUUUCGAAAUCCGAUCUAGUCGUUAAUGCAACUGUACAAGCCUCUGUCCUUAGUGUAGAGGAUCACGGAUUGGUUAUGGAUCUUGGCUUGGAGGAUGGCCAAACGAGAGGGUUUAUGUCUUCGAAAGAAAUACCCCAUGACCUCGAGCUAUUACAGAUCAAAGAAGGCACGGUUUUCCUUUGCGUCGUGACUGGGCAUAAUGCGAAUGGCAGCGUUGUGAAGCUUUCCGCCAACUUGCCAACGGCCGGCUCCAUUAAAAAAUCCCACUUCUUGACAUCUGCACCCACCAUCAACUCAUUCCUUCCUGGAACAGCAGCAGAAAUCCUUCUGACCCAAGUUACUUCGACUGGCAUGGCUGGAAAAAUCAUGGGAAUGCUGGACGCUGUUGUUGAUAUAGUCCAGUCUGGAGCCACUGCUGGAAAGGAAGAUAUUACUGCAAGGUAUCAUGUUGGUGCGAAAAUUAAAGGUCGACUCAUUUGCACAUUCCCCACGGCAGAGCCUUUGAAACUUGGAUUUUCGAUCCUGGACCACGUUGUCAAGUUUACGCCAACAGUUCUAGACCACAAAUCUAGCUGUGAGGGUGUCCCUGCUAUAUCUGCCAUUGUGCCUGAAGUAAAAGUCACUAAAGUUGAGCCUGGGUUGGGAGUCUACGUUCAAUUCAAUGACAAGCAUUAUGGAUUUGUCCAUAUUUCCAGGCUCUCCGAUGACAAGGUCGAUAGCAUAUCUUCUACGCAGGGUCCUUAUAUGGUCGAUUCUACCCAUGAAGCAAGAAUAGUUGGCUUCAGCGCACUGGAUAACCUCUAUCUACUAUCUCUCGAAAGAAAGGUCAUCGACCAACCUUUCCUUCGUCUCGAGGACGUUACAGUUGGCGCGGUGGUCAAGGGAAAGAUCGAGAAACUCCUCAUUGGACCUGAUGGUAUCAGCGGACUCAUUGUUUCUCUCGCGGAUGGAAUUUCCGGGUUGGUUCCAGGAAUGCAUAUGUCCGAUACUAAACUGCAGCAUCCAGAAAAGAAGUUCCGUGAAGGAGUACAGGUUUCCGCUAGGAUCCUUUCCGUGAAUUUGGAGAAACGCCAGUUACGACUUACGUUGAAAAAGACGUUGUUAAACAGCGAAUCCUCCACCUGGUGUGAUUAUAGCGACAUCCUUCCAGGGAACCAAUCACCCGGAACCAUCAUCAGCAUUCAGUCUCAUGGAGCAAUUGUUCAGUUUUAUGGCGAAGUUCGAGGAUUUCUCCCGGUUUCGGAAAUGAGUGAAGCUUAUAUCAAGGACCCCGCUCAACAUUUCAAUAUUGGACAAGUUGUGAAUGUGCAUGCGCUAAAUGUUGACGCAGAUUUUCGAAAGCUGGUAGUCUCCUGCAAGGACCAGUUGUCCUCCACAGAAGCUUACAAGCGCGCGCUUGAGCAUAUCCACCCCGGGAACACUGUUUCAGGCACUGUAUUUGAAAAAUCCAAUGAAGAUAUACUGCUAAAGCUGGAGGACUCUGGGUUGGUUGCUAGAUUAAAUGCGGAACACGUCAGCGAUGGCCAAGCUUCGAGAAAUGGCGCUGCUCUUGCCCGCAUUAGAGUCGGACAGAAACUUAAUGAACUUUUAAUCCUUAAUAUGCAAAAGUCUCAUCGGCUAAUCAAGGUCACCAAUAAGCCGAGCCUGAAGCAAGCUCGUCAACGAGGGGAAUUACCUGCCAAAUUUGAGGAUCUUGAGGAAGGCUCCAAGGUGACCGGAUUCGUGAAGAACAUCAUUGCGGAUGGUUUGUUUGUGGAAUUCCUGGGAGGCCUCACCGGAUUUGUCCCAAAACGCCUUGUCGACGAUGACCACGUAAAUAAACCUAGCUUUGGAUACGCUCUAGCACAACCUAUCUCCUUAACUGUACAGUCUAUCGAAGACGACCGCCAAAGGUUUAUUUUAACAUUAAAGGAGCCACAUACAGGCAAGCAACGUGUAUCCGAUCGUGAUAAGGAGUCCAAUAAUGCUAAUCAGUCGUCUAUUAAUCCCAUCGACGGAGACAUAAAAUCUUUGGACGAUUUGACCUUUGGUAGAAUCACCAAGGCGAAGGUUGUCUCCAUUAAGGAAACGCAGAUAAAUGUUCAACUUGCGGAAAACAUUCAAGGGCGGAUCGAUGUUUCAGAAGUAUUCGAUAGUUGGGAAGCCAUCAAGGAUCGCAAACAGCCGUUGAGAUUCUUUAAGGCUAAGCAGAUACUUCCUGUACGAAUUAUUGGUAUCCAUGAUGCCCGUAGCCACAGAUUCCUUCCAAUUAGCCACCGGAGUGGGAAGUACCCUGUUUUCGAACUUUCAGCCAAACCCAGCUCCCUCGAAUCGACGGACCUCGACCUUCUUAGUCUUGAUAAAGUAAAAAUUGGAUCUGCCUGGAUAGGAUUCGUCAACAAUAUUGGUGACGACUGUCUUUGGAUAAGUAUCUCUCCAAAUGUCCGUGGAAGGCUAAGGCUCACUGACGUUUCGGAUGAUUUAUCACUCCUUAGUGAUAUCACGACGAAUUUUCCUGUUGGGUCUGCAAUCAAGGUUCAUGUUACCGGGGUCGACACAGAUAAGAAUCGUCUCGACCUCUCUGCAAAACACGGAGGGUCUCCAAACAAGCUGACAAUAUCGGACUUCUCAAAGGGCGAAAUACUGCUUGGGCGGGUCACUAGAGUUACCGAACACCAGGUUCUCGUGCAGCUAAGCGACACAGUGGUUGGUGCUAUCAAUUUAAUAGAUAUGGCUGAUGACUACUCGAAAAUUAACCCUGCAGACUUCCACAAAAAUGAAAUCCUCCGCGUUUGCGUUGUUGAUAUUGAUGUCCCUAAAAAGAAGAUAUUGCUUUCCAUGCGAUCCUCAAGGGUCCUUAGCUCAUCUUUGCCAAUUCAAGAUCCAGAAAUAUCCUCGAUUAGCCAAAUUAAGGUUAAUGACAUCGUUCGUGGCUUUGUCCGGAGAGUUGCUGAUAAUGGUCUUUUUGUUACCCUGGGCCACGACGUUACAGCCUAUGUUCGAAUCUCGGAUCUCUCAGAUUCGUAUCUUAAAGAGUGGCAGAAUGAGUUCCAAGUAAACCAGCUUGUGCGUGGAAGGGUAAUUUUGGCGGACCCUGAAUCCAAUAAACUUCAGAUGAGCCUGAAGCAAUCGGUCCUUGAUCCAAACUACAAGACACCGAUCACAAUCAAAGACCUGAAGCGCGGCCAGACCGUUACUGGAAAAGUCCGCAACGUGGAAGAAUUUGGCGCUUUCAUUGUGAUUGAUGGAACUGCCAAUCUCAGUGGUCUCUGUCAUCGCACGGAGAUGGCAGAGGGGAAAGUGGAGGAUGCAAGAAAGCUCUUUGAAAAAGGUGAUAUUGUCAAAGCUAAAAUCGUCAAGAUCGACCUUAAUAAGGAGCGGAUUUCUUUGGGAUUGAAAGCCUCCUAUUUCAAAGAUAGCGAUGACGAAUCGGAUGGUGAAGACGUUCAAGACGAGAGCGAAGAAAAUGUGAGUGAAAGCGAGUACGAUGGUGGCAUGGAUCUCGAGCUUGAAUCCGGCGAUGACAUUUCAAUGGGAGGAGUCGACUUGGAGGAUACCAUGAAUGGCGAUAAUAGUGAGAGUGGCUCUAGUGACGGGGAUGUACAAAUGACCGGAACGAAAGAUGCCGGUAUAACGGGAGGCCUAGUCACUUCUGGAUUUGACUGGAAUGGAAACAACAACAUCGGUACUGAUGAGGACAAUGAGUCUGAUUCCGACUCCGACAACAAAGCCGCUGUGAAGAAGAAGAAGCGUCGGAAACAGGAGAUCCAAGUCGAUAGAACGGGUGACCUUGACACCAAUGGUCCGCAGUCUGUCGCGGAUUAUGAGCGCCUCUUACUCGGUGAACCCAACUCGAGUUUGCUUUGGCUGAAGUACAUGGCCUUUCAACUUGAGUUGAGUGAGGUCGAUAAAGCACGAGAGAUCGCGGAACGAGCGCUUCGAUCAAUCAGCAUAGGCCAAGAUACGGAAAAAUUUAACAUUUGGGUCGCGAUGCUUAACUUGGAGAACACUUUUGGAAACGAUGACACGCUCGAGGAUGUUUUCAAGCGUGCUUGUCAAUACAACGAUCCGCAGGAGAUCCACGAGCGGUUGACUAGCAUAUACAUCCAGUCUGGAAAGCAUGAUAAAGCGGACGAGCUCUUCCAAGCAAUUCUCAAGAAAAAAUUCACCCAAUCCCCAAACAUCUAUCUCAAUUUCGCUACCUUCCUUUUCGACACACUUGCUGAGCCGGAACGGGGACGUGCACUCCUCCCGCGCGCCAUCCAAUCACUCCCAACCCACACUCACGUCGAUAUCACGUCGAAAUUUGGCCAGUUGGAAUUCCGCUCUCCAAACGGAGACAUCGAACGUGGACGAACGAUAUUUGAAGGCCUCAUCUCUUCAUUCCCCAAACGCGUUGAUCUGUGGAAUGUGCUGCUUGACCUGGAGAUCAAGAACGGUGACAUGGAACAGGUGAGGAGGUUGUUUGGGAGAGUUCUGGGGCUGGGACAUCCCAUUGCGGCGGAUGGAACUAAACCUGGGGCGAAGAGGUUGAAGGAUAAGCAAGCCAAGUUCUUUUUCAAGAAAUGGCUGGCGUUUGAAGAGAAAACUGGUGAUGAGAAGAUGGUAGAUGAGGUUAAAGCGAGGGCUGCGGACUAUGUGAGGGCCAUAAAGGCGGGACAAUGA